CCAAAUGCCCUCAUGGAUCCCCUUGACCCCAUCCUAGAUGGCUUGAACUCCGCACAGAGAACCGCGGUCACCUCAUCCGCGCCGAUUUUACAAGUCCUUGCUCCUCCAGGUUCGGGAAAGACCAAAACGUUGACCUCGCGCGUCGCGUACCUCCUCGCUCAUGACGGAUAUCGCCCGCAAGAUGUUAUCUGUUGCACAUUCACCAUCAAGGCCAGUCGGGAAAUGCGAGAGCGGCUGGCCAAAUUGGUAGGUGAUCACGUACAGUCAAGGCUCAUCUUAGGAACGUUUCAUUCGAUCUGUCGACGAUACUUGGUGAGGUACGGGCAUUUGAUAGGGCUGCAGAAGGGGUUUGGAAUUGCAGAUUCAGGGGAUUCGCUAGCGAUUAUUCGGAGAAUCGUAAAGCGGCUGCAGCUUGGAAUUCAACCCAACACUGCGAGAGCUCGUAUAUCGCAUCAGAAGGCGCACGGCGUAUCUCCCGAUGAUGUAGCGGCAAAGCAGAACAAGAUUAGCAAGCUUCUAGAGCAUCGCGAGUUCGUCCAAGUAUACCGGGAGUACGAGAGUGAGCUCGCAACAUCGAAUUUGCUCGAUUACGAUGACCUAUUGCUACGAUGCGCGGAAUUGCUGCGAAAACACCCAAAGUGUGUAUCCAACGUACAGGUGGUCUUGGUGGAUGAAUUUCAGGACACAAAUCAGAUCCAGUACGACCUCAUGAACCUUCUUGCGUCUUGGAACAGGCGCAUUACGGUCGUUGGUGAUCCAGAUCAAAGCAUCUACGGAUUUCGUUCCGCGGAGAUCGAGAACCUCAAACGGAUGCAGCGGCUAUACAGAAAUACAGAGGUUGUACUUUUGGAGGAUAACUACCGUUCAUCGGGCUCGAUCCUCAAGUCUGCGCAAGACGUGAUCGAGCAAGAUUUAUCUAGGCCAGCAAAAAAGUUGCAGCCAACGCACACCUUUGGCACGCUGCCUGUACUGCGCAAGCUGCCCUCUGCCGAAGACGAAGCUCAGUGGCUGGUACUUGAGAUCAAAAGGUGCAUAGUUCUAACGGGAAAGUUAUUGAAGUAUUCCGAUUUCGCCAUUCUACUCAGAUCUGCGUCGCUGUCACGGCAGAUCGAGUCCGCCAUGGGGAAACAUGGCGUUCCCUAUCGAAUGGUUGGUGGGCAAAGAUUCUUUGAUCGAGUCGAGGUCAAGCUUCUCCUAGACUAUUUACGAGUUAUAAGUCAUCCCGAAAACUCGGAAGCACUUCUACGUAUCAUCAACGUUCCUUCGAGGAAAAUUGGAGAGGAGACCGUUAAGAUGCUCUUAAACGGGGCCGAGAAAGCUGGCAAACCGCUGUGGGACUACAUCAAAGAUGUAGCGCAAGGUCGCAGGUCGACUGAGAAAGCCAUGUCGAAGCCUACUAACCAAGGGCUCUCCAGUCUAGUUGGCCUCAUUGAAUACUCUAGGGAGAAGCUCCGCCAGUGCGUCGACAGAUCGGCACCUCGAAGGCUGCUGGAGAUCGUGAUGAAAAGACUCUCUUUUCGCGAAUUCAUUACGGCGACUUAUGGGUCAAAUGAUGAAAACAGAUGGGCAAACGUGGAGGAACUAAUGAGCCAGGCAGACGAUGCAACUGCGGCCGAUGAAAGUGAACAGGAUGAGAAUCUUCCUGAAAUUGCUGGCCUAACUCAGCAAGAGUCGCAUCCUGGCGAAGAAGCCUUGUCCAGAUUCCUAGCCAAUGUGGCUUUAUCAACCGAGGUCCAGCCGAAAGAAGAGACUGAAGGGGAAGACCAGGCGCAAGAGAAAGUUACCAUCUCGACAAUCCAUGCAGCAAAAGGCCUAGAGUGGCCCGUGGUGUUUAUUCCCGCAGCUUACGAGGGUAUUAUCCCGCACUCACGAGCAGAAGACUCCGACGAAGAGAGACGGCUGCUUUAUGUGGCUAUGACUAGAGCGCAGGCCUUGCUAUACCUGAGUUAUCCGCUUCGGCAGGCCCGAGAAAACGCAGAGACUAAUGUGACGUCGUUUCUUCCGCAAGAACUAAUCACUUCGCGCCUGCGCCCGGUUGGACCGAAACUAGACGAGAAGGUUGUUUAUGGGAUUGCAGAUAUACUGCGUCGAGAACGGCCGUCUGCCGUAGCCAUGUUGGAAGGACUUGAUUCUCUCCCUUCUGUCUACGACGACCAAUGGACUGAGGACGGACGAGAGUCACCAGGCAUGAUUAUUCGAUGGGACGGCUCUCGGGCGACCGAUGACGAACCAAGCAGUAAACGGCGCCGAUACGAGAGGGAGCAAUACUCGACAACCACAUCCAUCGCGAGCAUGUCUUCGACAAAUAGAAUGAACGGCUCGAGCUUGAUGGUACCUACUACCAUGUCCGGGUUCUCGACAGCCCGUGAGUAUAUAACGACGACAAUCCAAAAACAGGAGCAGUCCUUACAAGAAGAACGCGGGGCCAAAUCGAAGCCUGUGGUUGCAUUCAAUCGUCCGUCCGCCCUUCAGAAAAGUAUUGCGUCCUUCUUUGGCCAGUCCUCAGCCCAGUCAACACAGCAGAGGGGGCUCGUCCAGCUUCUACCGAAUAGCUCGGGCGCCCUGGAUCACCCUGGUAGACCCUUGCACCCCCGACAAUCCAACGCCAUCCCAACGCAGUAUAUCGGUCAUCGACCACCAACUCAACAUUUCCGCCCACCUCGCCCAGCUCUCGAAACUUCUGACCCAAACCGCUACACAUGGUUGGCUGCAUCCUCGAGGCCGACGGACAAGGCAAAUUCGCUCAAGAGUCAGGUGCACACGGUCAUCGACACAAACGGAGGGAGCAAGGACUCUGCGGCGAGCGAAGCUCAAGGCUGUGCAGGCUCACGGCCAGGUAUGGUGACCGUCGGAACUGGAGCUGGGGGUAUGCGACCAGCGGCCACGUUCCACACUACGACAAUGUCGAUGGUACAGUCUCAGUCAGGAGGGCCGGCGAGACGGACGCUGGGGAUCCGACGCAGUAUGAACGGAUGGGAAGAGCGGAUGAAGAGGGUGAACAAGUAGCUACGACUGACUUGGGGGAGGGAAGGCGCCGCCGGUUGCUUGGGUAUUCGUAGCUGGGCAUGGCGGUCAGGCAGCAGUGCCCUUGUUACUACGUACUUGUCUCUUCUCGGCUGUGAUCACGGUUGUACACAGUAUGACGCAGUGCGAUAGUGAAGGCAGAAAAUGCCGCGGCUGCUAGUAGUGAUGGUUUUACUCUGUAGUAUGCGCCAUACCACUUCGGUAGGUAUGUAAGCAG